UUAGGAGAAGGAGGGAGAGGUGGGAAGGUAGAGGUAGGCAGACAGAGAGAGAUGCUGUUGUACAGUGAGAGCGUCCGCGAGGCUGCUACUCUUCAUCCUCUCAUCAGGGAACAGGAUGUGUUGUGCAGCAGUGAUGUACAGAUUCACCGCAGAGGCGGAAAAUGCAGAUAGGAGUUCACCUUGAGCUGGAGUCCAACUGUGCCACACUGGACCUUUGGGACUACAUCUAACCCUCUUUAAUCAGACAAAUAAGAGCAAGUGGGAUUUAAUUAGACCUGACAGCCUGCCAAAAUAAAGGGACCUCAGCUUCAGUAACUUCUGGACUGCUGCUCUCUGCAGAGGCCAGAAUUCAAACAGGUUUUUGCUUUGGCAGAGGACUGUCACAGCUGUUUCUAUGUAGACUGUGAUAUCCUUUCACCGCUCACACUGGAACCCCACAAAGCCAAGCAGGUCCCACGGCUCAGGACCCCUGGAGCCAGCCUGACCUUGGACCAGCUGUCGCCCGAACCCCUCCUGGCACCAGCAGAAGCGUCCGGCAUGUCUCAUAGCAGAGGGCGGUACCACAACAAGAAAGCCGGCAUCCGGGCCGCUGUGAUCCUGAUCGGGCUUCUUCACAAGUCUCGCAAAGCCAAGGAGAGAGAGAAGGAAAGAGAGAGAGAGGAGGGCGAAGGGAAACAGGAACUGCUGAACAUCUCCAGCGUCCCUCUGGGAGAAUGCCCCCCCUCUCCCCCUCGCACUGCACCACCCAGCAUGAAGUCUGCAGAUUUCUUCGAUAUGCUGGAAAAGAUGCAGGUCCCCAAAGCUGAAGACGCCAAAAAAUGGAAGGAUGACUAUAUCCCUUACCCACGGAUAGAAGAUGUCUUAGAGAAAGGUGGUCCAUAUCCCCAAGUAAUCCUGCCCCAGUUUGGGGGUUACUGGAUUGAAGAUGCAGAGGCAACUGCAGGAACCCCUUCCUCCUCUGAGUCCAGUUUCUGUGAGGAGGAGGAUGGAGAUGAGGGCAUGAGCCCUGGCGGGGCGCAUAGCUACCGUCUGGAGUGUAACAGCACAGCUCGAGCCUACCGCAAGCACUUCUUUGGCAAGGAGCACAUGAACUACUACUGCACGGGCAGCAGCAUAGGCAACCUCAUCAUGUCUCUGAAACACGAGGAGGCUCAGGGCCAGGAGUUUCUGCGUAUAAUGCUCAGAUCUCGGAUCAAAACAGUUCAUGACAGGAUCUCUUUAGCUGGAAUCAGUCAGCUGCCCAGUGUGCCUCAGAUUGCAAAGCUGCUGUGUGACGAUGCCACAGGGCUGAGGUUCAACCCAGUCCUUUACCCUCGGGCAUCUCAGCUAAUAGUGGGUUAUGAUGAGCAUGAAGUGAACAACACCUUCAAAUUUGGAGUCAUCUACCAGAAAUUUGGACAGACAUCAGAGGAAGAGUUAUUUGGGAACAACGAGGAGACACCUGCUUUCAAGGAGUUCCUUAGCAUCUUAGGAGACAACAUUGAGCUCCAGGAUUUUAAAGGGUUCCGCGGUGGGCUGGACGUGUCUCAUGGACAGACGGGAUCUGAAUCCAUCUACACUGUCUUCAGACACAGAGAGAUUAUGUUCCAUGUUUCCACUAAGCUUCCCUUUACCGAGGGUGACGUGCAGCAGCUCCAACGGAAAAGACACAUUGGAAAUGACAUUGUGGCUGCAGUCUUCCAGGAAGAGCCCACACCGUUUGUUCCAGACGUGAUAGCCUCCAACUUCCUGCACGCUUACGUUCUGGUCCAGGCCGAGAACCCCUGUACAGAUCAUACAACCUACAAGGUGUCUGUUACAGCGAGGGAAGAUGUUCCACCUUUUGGGCCUCCGCUGCCAAACCCAGCCAUCUUCAAGAAGGGUCCUGAGUUCCGAGAUUUCCUGCUAACAAAGCUGAUCAAUGCUGAAAACGCCUGCUACAAAUCUGACAAAUUUGCCAAAUUAGAGGGACGCACACGAGCCGCCCUGCUGGACAACCUGCACGAUGAGCUGCACAGACAGAGCCAGGCGGUGCUGGGACUCGGGCAGGUGGGGGAGGAGGAUAAGCUGGAGAACGGCGGACAUGGGGGUCUGCUCGAAUCGUUCAAGAGGGCCAUGCGUGUCAGGAGCCACUCCAUGGAGACUGUAGUGGGUUCUCAUCGUCACCGGAGCCCUGGGGUUGCAGGUGGGGUCCCUGCCAGCCUCAGCGGAGGGGGGCUGCCACAGAGCACCAGUGAAUGUACAAAGAGCACCUUCACCCCUCCAGUAGUGUCAGCCAAAUCUCCUCUGAAGAGCCCAGUGAAACGCCGUUCAGGCCUCUUCCCACGUCUCCACUCCAGCACAGACACCCCAUCAGACAAACACACACGCAGCGACCACAAACCAGCAGAGAUCUGUCCUCAUUCCCAAGAAGUGAGAUCAGAGACAUCAUCCAAUCCCAGCUCACCCGAGAUUUGCCCCAACAAAGACAGGCCAUUUAUUAAGCACAAGGAGUGCAGCAGUGCCAGCAGCUGCAGGCCCAACAUCUCCCGCUCUUCGUCUAGCACCAGCAGCUUCAGCAGCACCACGGGGGAAACAGAAGCUCUGGAGGAGCUGGAGACAGUCGGCCAUCCGUCCAUUACGUCCUCCUCUGCCUUCAGCCCCUCUCUGAGCAUUGACAGCCAGGGAUCGGGUACGCCUGUCAUCAUGUGUCGCAGUCCAACAGAUGGGAAAGGUAAAACAUCACCCAGGUCAAACUUGAAGUUUCGCUUUGACAAAAUGAGCCACUCAUCCACAGCUUCUGAGUAGAUUUGCGGAAGGAAAAAGCAGCACACUUUCCCAAUGAAAAUGCAGUAUGAGACUAAGAAAGCUGAUGAAAUCACAACAAUCACCAGAAAAGGAGAAAAAAAACACCUUCAUAUAACCAUAACCAAAAGGCUAAACUGACUAGAGCUGCACCAGACACCCCGCACUCUAUAAAUGUACUGAUAUAACUGUGAGUGUCAGAAGCAGCAACUUUAAACUGCUUGAGUCGAGCUGCAGUAUAACUCUUAUUGUCCCUAUCACUUGAAGGUCUUGGCAUGGCUGUAAAACUGUGAGUGUAGGCCUGGCUGCAGACUGCGCCUCAGCUUUUUCUUAGACAUCAUCUUUCAUACAAAAGUAUACGUUUAUGACUGAACUGUUAGUCCUCAUCCAAAAAACUGUUGAGAACUCUGUGGAAAUAACUGCAGACAGCAGGGUGUUCCUUUUACCUUUAUCCUUCAAUGGUACGUCUCCAAACAAUUCCUCUUUUGCUUAGAGAAAAGAAACAGUAAGCAGAGACUCUCACACAAACCUAUUGUACAGUUCACAUAGUAGCAAAGCCUUGAGGGUGGCAACACUGAAACUGUGAAGCCAAAACUUCUUCGCUAUGAAUGUUUUAGUUUUUUUUAGGAAACCGCUAUGAUUUUUGGAGGCGCUUUUGUAACCUUAUUAGCCACUGCAUUGUGUCCACUGCACUAUAAAGAUGUCUCCCAGCAAAGCAUUUCUGUAUCUGUAGGGGUGACCCCUGAACCCCUGGUUAGACCCAGUAGGAGAGACAUCCAGCACAUUUUAGCCACAAGCUUAUUUUUGCCAAAGCUGCGCCUCACAAUCUCUCCAAAGCCCUUUUUCUCUGCUCGUGCGUUCAGUCUCUCACCAUGUGAGAGGAUGAGAGGUUCCUGGAUCUGGUUACAGCACAGCUUGUGGAAAGCCAAACUACACCCACAUUUGCUGAAGGGAAAAACAAGACAUUGCACUUACUGAAAAAACCUCAUUGUACCUCCCAUUGAAGCUUGCCAGCUCGGUGUAUCAGCGCAGAUGUUUGGUGGUGCUUUUGUUUUUUUAGCAGGGAAGGCUCCCCCCAGGGCCGUGAAGUUUCCCAGCGCGGGUGCUGAUGAAGACAACUUAAAAAAGAUGUUCCACCGGAUCUUUGAACCACCUUUUAACACUUUGAAUGUGAAUUUCAGUCUUGCUAUCUUGUGUUGUAUGCUAAUGGUUAGGAAGGCUACGUUGAAAAGCUAGUUUCUCACAAGCACAACGGGGGCCAUGAGUCUUCUGUGAUCUUCAGCUAGCUACCCACAUAUUAGCAUUAGGGGCAAUGACUUUAAUAUUCACAUCUGUGUUUUUAGUGUGACCAAACAAGAAAGCCUUUGAAGGAAUAUCGUAUUUCACUGCACAGGAAACUAUUUUUGAAGUUGAAGAUGGCUUAGUAGACUAAAGAUUUAAAGUUCACCCACAUUGCAACGUCUUCUGCGAUUGAUAUUUAACAUCCUAGUAAGCUGUGCUUAAUGAAGUUACUUGAAAAGUACCUUUUUUUUAAUAUACCUGGACUAGCACAGACGUUUGGGAUGGGAUGGGCCACUGAUUACCUCGUGUAAGGAGAGAAGAAACAGAAGAAGCAGGAAGUUGUGUUUAUUAUUUAGUUUGGAGCAGUGUUGCCCAGAAAUGCCCUGCAGCCUUUUUCCUCUGUUGACAUGAUUAAUUUAUUAUACAAAUUCUUUUGCAUUGAUGUCAUGUAAAAAAUAAAAUUACUGCAGAAUAUGUUAAUUAAUUAAAGUGAAAUGAUUAAAGGAAAAAUACAUUAAUUUAACAGAUGUCUAAAUAACGUAUAUGUAUAUUGGGUUAUGUAACGUGCCACUGAGAGUUUAUUCUACAAUAAAAUGUUGUAUUUUGUGCCA